AUGGUCGAACUCAGGAAACGCAAGGCCCCUGCCAAUCUUCCUGCCUCGGAGAAGAAGCCUAAAGUUCCCAAACCCCAAGCAGAGGUGGAUGGCAAAGAGGAGGUCAGGAGCGCCAAGGUGCCCGAAGUGGAUGAUAUAAUCGAUAUUGAGGCCUUCGGCGGGGAAAUUCAAACCAAUGACGGCGAGACUACUUCCUUGAAGACACUCUUGGGGGAGAGCAAAUCGGGCGUGGUGUUUUUUACAUACCCCAAAGCAUCAACACCUGGCUGCACCAAACAAGCUUGUUUGUUUCGCGAUAACUAUACCCACCUGACAUCCUCGGGUCUUGCUAUUUAUGGUCUUUCCGGGGAUUCUCCCAAGGCCAACACCACUUUCAAAACCAGGCAGAACCUUCAAUACCCUCUCCUGUGUGACCCGCAAGCCAAUCUCAUUGCAGCUAUUGGUCUCAAGAAAUCCCCAAAGGGUACCGUACGCGGAGUAUUUGCGGUGGAUAAGAAGGGUAAGGUGUUACUCCGGGAGUCAGGUGGCCCAGAUGCGACUGUCGACGCUGUCCAGAAGAUUGUUGCCAAUGCGCCCAAGACCGACGAGGAGAAGGCACUCGAACCAGAAACGAAGCAAGAUGGCAAGGGAAUCGAUGGAUCCGAGUGA